CAUGCCCCACUAUACAGCCUGAAUUGGUUAGGCGCAUUGUUGCCGUCAUUACGGUAACGCUGACAGCAGCUCUGGGUGUCAGCUGAUCCUCAGUAGGAAAAUCAGCUGCAGGAAAACACUGCUGGAGAGUUCAAACCAUGGCUGCGGAGAUACACUCGAGGCCCCAGACCGCCCGACCGGUACUUCUGAACAAGAUCGAGGGACACUCAGACGCCAUCAAUGCAGCUGUUUUAAUACCAAAAGAAGAUGGAGUGAUCACGGUCAGCGAGGACAGAACCAUCCGGGUUUGGCUGAAGAGAGACAGCGGUCAGUACUGGCCAAGCAUCUACCACACAGUCUCCUCUCCAUGCUCUUGCAUGUCGUACCACCAUGACAGCAGACGCAUCUUCAUAGGCCAGGACAAUGGGGCUGUUGUGGAGUUUCUCAUCUCUGAAGAUUUCAACAAGAUGAACCAUGUCAAAACAUAUCCAGCCCACCAGAACCGUGUGUCAGAUAUGGUGUUUUCCCUGGAGAGUGAGUGGGUAGUGAGUACUGGCCAUGACAAGAGUGUGAGCUGGAUGUGCACUCAGAGUGGCAGCAUGCUGGGGAGACACUACUUCACUGCCUGGGCCUCCUGCCUACAAUACGAUCACGAGACACAGCAUGCCUUCGUUGGCGAUUACUCAGGACAGAUCACGCUGCUGAAACUGGAGAAGCAGACGUACUCCACCAUCACCACACUGAAAGGACAUGAAGGUAGCAUAGGAGUCCUGUGGUGGGACCCCGUCCAGAGGCUGCUGUUCUCAGGGGCUUCCGACCACAGCGUCAUCAUGUGGGACAUCGGAGGCCGCAAAGGACGAACGCUACUGUUGCAGGGACACCAUGAGCGUGUCCAGGCCCUGCGUUACCUCCAGUUGACCAGGCAGUUGGUUUCGUGCUCAGCUGACGGAGGCAUCGCAGUCUGGAACAUGGACACACCCAGAGAAGAGGCGCCCCAGUGGUUAGACAGCGACUCGUGUCAGAAGUGUGAGCAGCCUUUUUUCUGGAACAUCAAACAGAUGUGGGACACUAAGACCCUGGGGCUCCGACAGCACCACUGCAGGAAGUGCGGCAAAGCUGUGUGUGGGAAAUGUAGUUCUAAACGCUCCACGUUCCCAAUUAUGGGCUUCGAGUUCCCGGUGCGGGUGUGUGAUGCCUGCUUUGACACCAUCAAAGAAGAAGAUCGAACACCGUUGGCCACAUUCCACGAGGGGAAACACAACAUCGCCCACAUGGACAUGGACCCAUCUAGAGGCCUGAUGGUCACAUGUGGAAGCGACCGCAUUGUUAAGAUCUGGGAUAUGACGCAGGUGGUUGGCUGUAGCUUAGCAACAGGCUUCUCUCCGCGCUGAUUGGUCCAGCCGACUACGUGCCCCCCUCCACCCCCCCUCUCUCCAAGCUCCGCCCACUCUUCCAAUGUCAUGGAAACCCCUCUGUACAGUAUAUCUCCCCAUCACGCCUGGGCUCUUCAGCUACAACCAGGCCUGCUCUUGGUGAAUGUGUGUGUGUGUAAGUGUGUGAGUGCUGAUGGUGCAGGUCUCCACAUUCCUUUUGCUUCUCAUAACAAACUAUCCUUUAAUUUCACUACUCCUCAGUCCUACAUGAAAGUGUGUGCGACUGAUUUUUGACUUUUUGCUCUGAAUCCGAAACAGAACCCUAAGCACAACGAUGGCGUGUAAGUGUGUGUACAUGUGUGCAUGUAUCGUAAUUAUUCCUCCUAUGGGAGGAAUGGUAUUGAUAUUAGUGUUUACAUUUAAUAUUUCUGAUGCUUCUUUUGACAAAGGUCAUUUUUUUUAUUACCUUUGCACUGUAACAUUAGGUUUCACAAAAUCGCUGACCUGCCAGUCCUGUAAAAAAAAAAAACAUACACUAGCUUCUCCUGCUUAUUAUUGUGGCCCACUAACUGCAUAUUACUCACUGUCACUGUAACAUGUAUAAAAACCUAAAAAGCAUCUGUAUAUACCCCUGCAUCAUGUUUAUAGUAGAGAUACUUGCUUGAAAUGACUCUUUUUUUUCCUCUCUCUUAUUGAUUUCUUGUUUUCUCUUUCACUAGUUGGCCUUAAAUCACUCUCAGGAGGUUUUACAUCAGUAGGUUGUCGCUGGGCGGGGCUCUUGAUGUCAGUCGUAAACCAUCCCUAACGUGUAUUCAUUCGAGCAUUGUAAGAAAAUCAAUAGAGCAACCACUUGUUGAUAGAUGAAUGAAAUCUCUCGGUACAUUUGAAGAUGCUGCCGGAGAAAUUUGAUGCAGUUGUCAGACGUUUGCUUGACAACGCUGACACAUCCUCUCACCUUAUGAACCCAAGUGAGCCAGGGAAAAUUGGAAUACGUCGCCGUAGUAACAAGUCAUGUUUGAGUGUCAUGCACUGACCGCAGCAUCAUCAAACAUAUUGUUGCAGCCAUCCUGAGAUGAACCGUUCUAUCUUGAUCAGUUCAAGAUUUAAUCUCGUGGUCUCAACCAACUUAAUUUUGAUAAACAAGUCUUAAAAAAAAUAGCACAUCAUUAGCAUUUAUCACUCUCUUUAGAAAUCUGUGUUUAGGUAGAUGCGACACAUGGCACUGAUGGUAUAAACCCAAGACUCUAAUGCCUUGUGAGAAUUACUUGUCAUCUGUAAUUAAAAAAGAAAAACAACAGAGUUACAAAUUAUACUGUGGUGCAAAAUUGGAUUAACUUUUACCAGAAAGGCACUUAGGUACUGGACAGGUACUCUAAACUUAAUGUAGCAAAUGCUGGUAUGUUGAAGUCAUUGCCAGCUGAAUCAGGGCUGCCUGUGUUCCUUCAAAAGCCUUAAAGAGAGAAGGACACACUCACAAAGCCUUUUUAGUAGUUUGUCGGUGCUUACGACUGUUCACCCAUUCACUCUCACGCACUCACCUUGUUAUAAAGCUCUGGAUGUCUCAUUUGCGUUCCUUUCAUCCUGUUCUUUUUUUUCCCCUCAUGUUCUGUUCUGAACUCUCUUACAGCCCCCCCACCCCCCCACUCCACCCCCACCCCCCCACACACAUACACACAUACACAUCUGUGUUAUAAAGGAUGUCUCAUAGCGCUCUCACCACUGCACUGAAUUGCACAACUCGUGGUCUUUGUCGUUGACUUAAAACAUUUUUGCAAGUUCUGAUUUGGGAGAGAUAAUAGCUGGAUUAGAUGUAGCGUCCUUGUAAAUAGUGGCUAAUAUCUUCUAAUGUUAGACUAACGCUUGCCUUAUUGUAAGUGGAAAAAUGAGCAUUAUACUGUUGGAGUUCCUGAUUUCAAAUGUAGUUACAUUCCAGUUUUUUGAUUAUGUAGUGUAUAUUUAUAUUUGUAGUAAAGUAUUUAUCUAUUAUCACUGUAAAUGGUUGUUUACUUUUCUUUGUGCCCAUCUAGUAGUCUUUAUUUCCUCGUGAUAGCAAAACUAAAACAUGUUAAGCAAAUGAAGCCCAUUCAAACUCUAAUGACGAGAUGAAAUGAAAUGUCAGAUUAAGCAGAAUUUUACAUCCUAACAAGGACAGAGACUGGUUGGUUAAUCAAGUCACAGCAGUGGUUGACUGCUAUUGUUUCCCAUCAUCAAUGUCCACAUCAAUAGAAAGACAGAUCAAUAGAUAUUUAGAUGUCACACAAUAUAAUACUUGGGGUUACACUGAACGCUGAAACAGAUUGAAUAUGUCAGUAGCCAAUAUUAUAAACUAAUGUUAUCAUGUUGACAUCAGUGGAUGCUCUGGGAUAAAACAUGCCUUAAAUUGUUAUACAUAAUUAUCACAAAAAUUGGCAAAAUGUGUCAUUAAAGCUGCAUUAAUUUUUUUUUGGCUGAAAACAUUUAAAAUACUAUAAAUAUGUUGAACGUGUAAUCAAAAAGUUGACAUAUGGAGCAACAUUAGGAUUCAUUUGGGGUUCCUUACUCUGUCCAUUUGAGGAAUAUAAGUCCAAUAUUCACUCUUAGCUGUUCACUUUUAGCUCUAUUUUGGUCUCCACCAACUCCUAAGGAAAAUAUUUGUCUUUUAGCUGCUUAAUGUUCCACCAGGGGACAGGAAAACAUACCCUUUUCACAUGACAUAUAAUCAUUUGAUCUAUUGGUAAUUUAAAAAUAGGUGCAGCUUUAAAAAGUCUUUGCAUGUUUCAGCGCUGUUGACUUUUUAGUCAGCUCCCAAUUUUGGGAAACUGAUCAGAUAGUCUAACCUCAAGUAUUAUAAAAACUCAUGUCACAGAGCGUCAUCAGGGAUCUACAGGGUUAUUGACGAUGCUACCGUACAAUCAGGAGUCAAAGCUCUCCUUUCCUAUUUCACUUAACUCAACAUUGAAGCUUCUUCCAGUCAUUACUUCUAAUCAUGUCCUGGUAACAGAUUGUGUUUGGUGAUAAAAAGGCUGUCUGCUCAAACACUGACUCCGGGGUCUUAACUGCAUAGCAGAUGGACAAGAUGUUAAAGGUUUGAUGAAUGGCUGGAUUGGUUGUUUGCUGAAAAAGCUAAUGAAAUAGAUCUUCAGAUUACCAGACUGUCACAGGAAGGAAGGAAUAGAUUUUGUCAAGUCAUAAAUGUCAUGGUUUAUUUAUAGGAGUCAUUUUGUUCAGUUUUUGUCAUCUUUAGUUCAUCUAACACUAGAAUGGUCAGCCUUCAUGUUUAUGACAGGCCACAUUAACACUUGAUGACUCAUUUUCCACAACACCAGGGCCCAUAUCUCAAACUCUGUAAAUUGAUUUCUGUUUGACUUUUUCUCUUCUAACUGCUUGUAAAAGACACUUGCUGUCCCAAAAUGAUGUUGUUAAUGUAUAUCUCAAAAUAAUUGUAUUUUUAAAUACUUUUGUUGACAAUACAGUACUGACUUUGGUCUCCCUGUGACCUCAAACCAGGUCACAGAGAGAAAAGAAUCAAUGCUUAAUAAAGAUAUUCUGAUAUGUUUA